UCCCCACUUCCAUACGAUUCCAUCGAUUCAUCUUCUUCUUGCUUCUAUGUCUAUUCCUUUUAUGAUUGAUUUUGUAACCCUAAAGUGAAGUAGGUCUACUUGCAGAAAUCAUCAGUGAUCAACAUAGAUGAGGAGGAUGGUGAAGACAAUUAACAGUAGCCAAACUUCUGUCUUUCUCGUAGUCAAUGCUUAUCCCAAAAGGUACUCUUCCAAGAUCCCCUCUGAUUUAGUCCUCUUCUUGGGUCUUGGCUUCAUAGAUUGGUAGCUUUCCUUUUCCUGCUGCAUCUGAUUUUUAGUAAUUUCAGUAUUACAUGUCAAAUAGCAUGGAAUUUCUCUUGCUUUUGAUGCAGUAUGUGGAGAUUCAUGCGUUAGGAGGUCGCCUAGAUAUAGUUUUCAUCUAGGUUUUAUCAUCAUUCUUAUGUUAGAUAUUUGUUUGCUGAUUCAUCUUAGUCCAUAUAAAAACUUGUGUCUUUUGGAUAAUAAAUUCAGAAAAAUUUGGGGGUUUUGUGUUCAGCUAGUAAUAUGAAAGCUGAUUCCAUCUUUCUUUAGGUUCUAGAUUGUUGUUGUAUUUGGGGGUUCAGUGGUUGCUUAGUUAUAGAUUAUAGUAUGUUGAACCUGAUAUCGAUAUGAUAGAUUUAGAUUUUUCUUUUUAGAAAUGACCCUUGUGAUGAAGAACUCGAACCCACGAUCCCAAUUGGUAGCCCUUAGAAGUGUGAUUUCGUGAGAUGGGAGAUUCUCUUCUCACAGGCUUUUUAAUGUUAAAUCACCCUCCUUCAACUCUUUUGUCAAUGGAUUCAAGCGCCUCUUCUUCUCAUGAUGAUUUAGACCUUGAGAUGAGUCACCAGAUCAACCCCACCCGUCCGCCCGAUAUCAAUUUACCCCUCUCAUCUGACAGAAGCUCCCCACCACAGUCAUGGAACCAAGAUCAGUGUGAAGUUCUUGAUGUUGGAGUUGGACUUGUAUCCCAGUUGUAUGAAACCGAAAGCUUCCUCAGUGUCCCGAAAAUUGGGAGGAAAUGUGCAAAAAGAGUAGAUAGCAUAUGGGGUGCCUGGUUUUUCUUUAGUUUCUAUUUCAGGCCAGUCUUAAAUGAAAAAUCUAAGGCAAAGAUAGUAAGAGACAGUAAUGGGGUUUCUGGGUUUGAUAAAUCGGAUCUCCAUCUUGAUGUUUUCAUGGUUCAACAUGAUAUGGAGAACAUGUACAUGUGGGUGUUCAAAGAAAGGCCUGAAAAUGCACUCGGAAAGAUGCAGCUAAGGAGCUACAUGAAUGGGCAUUCACGCCAAGGAGAGCGUCCCUUCCCUUUUAGUGUUGAUAAGGGUUUCGUUCGAUCUCAUAGGAUGCAACGCAAGCAUUACAGGGGGCUCUCAAAUCCGCAGUGCGUCCAUGGUAUUGAGGUUGUUUCGUUGCCCAACCUCACAAUUCUUGACGAAGAUGAGCGCAAAAGAUGGACAGAACUCACCGGAAGGGAUCUGAAUUUCAUGAUCCCACAAGAAGCUAGUGAUUUCAGUUCGUGGAGAAAUCUUCCCAACACUGAAUUCGAACUUGAGAGGCCACCUACACUAAGAAACAACUUGAAUUCUCAGUCAAAGAAGUUACUUAAUGGAUCAGGGUUAAAUCUUUCAACUCAACCUUCCAAUCACAGCAAUGGGGAUACAAAUGUCAUGGAUCUUUCUCCAAUUGGCAACAAGAAAAGGAAGGACUUAUUCCCACAUGGAAAUGAAGAAGAUAUCUGUUUAACGGUUAAUCAUCCUCCGCCUGAAAGAUUACCAAAUUUGGAAAUGAAUCCAAAUGAGCCAUAUUGGUUGAAUGAGUUCACUGGGGUUGUGAGGAAUGCUUGUGGACCAGUGACGGCUGCAAAAACAAUAUAUGAAGAUGAACAAGGUUACUUGGUUGUCAUAAGCUUGCCAUUUGUAGAUCUUCAAAAGGUCAAAGUUUCUUGGCGAAACACCCUUACGCACGGGAUCAUUAAGGUUUCUUGUAUAAGCGUAUCUCGCAAGCCGUUCAUCAAAAGGCGCGACCGCACCUUCAAGCUUACUGAUCCAUGUUUGGAACACUGCCCUCCUGGAGAAUUUGUCAGAGAAAUCCCGCUUUCAACUCGCAUUCCUGAAGAUGCAAAUAUAGAAGCAUAUUAUGAUGGACCUGGAUCAGUGCUGGAGAUUUUGGUCCCAAAGCUCCGGGAAGGCCCAGAAGAACACGAGGUGCGUGUUUGUCUUCGCCCUCAUCUUGUUGGUAACGAUCUUAUGUUGACUUGAGAAGAUGCUUCUUUGGAAGGUAAAUUCAUGGGGGGUCGUGGUUUGUAGUUUAAUGUUGUAGUAUGUAUUGUAUGAAGUCGCAUAGCCGGCCAUUUAUUAGCAUCAUGGGUUGGUUGCUAGAAUAAAACCGAUUUCCGUAUUAUUUAAAUACUAGUUAAACGUUUGAUAUCAUAUGAAUCAAUCUGCCUCUAAAACAACAAGUGUUUGCACUUGAAUGCUGUAUGUUAUGUAGUGUUUGAUCUCAUGGUGCCUUAUUAGGGGUUGAGAUACUUGGAAUUCCGAAGGGCCACAUCAAGAUUUAUGGUGUAAUUCUGACUUUCCUUUUUGUGUGAAUAUGGAAAGUGUUGUCAUGCCUUUUUCUUUCU